GUCGUCGUGUCGUGUACAAAAAUCAAUUACUGCUGAAAUUAAAUACGCAAAGUGUUUCCGCGAGUAAACAAGAGUUGUCAUUGCAAACGUGCGCGCAUCAAACACCGUCAACGUCCAACAGAAGCGCCACUUCAUAGAGCUACAAUUGCUGCAAGAAGACGUAGGCAAAUAAUUGUAUUCGAGUGUGUGUGUAUUAAAUUGUCGUUACCAGAGUAGCAGCCAAAUCCAAUUGGAAAAAUGCAAAUCAAGGAAUUCCGCGUCACUCUGCCAUUAACUGUGGAAGAGUAUCAAGUUGCACAAUUAUUCUCAGUAGCCGAGGCAUCAAAGGACAAUACGGGCGGUGGCGAGGGCAUUGAGGUGUUAAAAAAUGAACCCUUCGCCGAUUAUCCCUUGCUGGGUGGAAAAUACAAUUCCGGUCAGUAUACGUACAAGAUCUACCAUCUGCAAUCAAAAGUUCCAGCGUAUAUAAGACUUCUGGCGCCCAAGGGCUCUUUGGAGAUACAUGAAGAAGCAUGGAAUGCUUAUCCCUAUUGUCGAACGAUUAUAACGAAUCCGGGAUAUAUGGAUGACCACUUUAUCUUGAAUAUUGAUUCGUUGCAUUACGAAUCAGAUCUUGGCACUAAAGAGAACGUGCACGAACUGACGCCUGACAAGCUGAAAGUACGGGAGGUUGUACACAUUGACAUUGCCAAUGAUCCGGUAUUGCCCGCGGACUACAAGGCCGAGGAGGAUCCAACACUCUACCAAUCAAAGAAAACCGGACGCGGACCACUGACGGGUGAUUGGAAAAAUCAUGUCAAUCCUGUAAUGACGUGCUACAAACUGGUCACAUGCGAAUUUAAAUGGUUCGGCCUGCAAACGAGAGUAGAGAACUUUAUACAAAAAUCAGAACGUCGACUAUUUACAAACUUCCAUCGCCAAGUAUUUUGUUCAACUGAUCGCUGGUUCGGUCUAACAAUGGAGGAUAUUCGCGCCAUUGAGGACCAAGUUAAGGACGAACUGGAUAAGCAACGUCAACAGGGAGAGGUGCGGGGAAUGCGUGCUGAUAGUGAUUAAAUCUAGUAGAACAAUUUUUAAUAAAAAAAAUUAAUUAAAAUACAAAUAAAACUUUACAAAGUAAAUGAGGAGAAA